UUGUCCGAGCUGAGGGUUUGACAGUGAACGCACCAUCAGCAGCUCAGUCACAGCAGUCGCAGGAGGAUGGCCGGUCUGUGGAGGUCCUACCAGGCCCUGAUGAGCAGAUACCCCUGGACGGUUCAGAUCGUGACGGCAGGCUCUCUAGUGGGAGUUGGUGAUGUCGUCUCCCAACAACUGAUCGAGAGACGAGGACUCGCUCAACACAACGUGAAGCGGACGGCGAAGAUGAUGAGCAUCGGCUUCUUCUUCGUGGGUCCGUGCGUUGGGAGUUGGUACAAAGUUCUGGACAAACUGGUCGUGGGAGGAAGUAAAAGUUCAGCUAUGAAGAAAAUGCUGCUUGAUCAGUUGUGUUUCGCUCCUGGCUUCCUGGGGGCGUUCCUCUGUAUCUCCGGCGCUCUGAACGGACUCACACUGGACGACAACAUCACCAAGCUCAAGAGGGACUACCCCGACGCCCUCGUCGCAAAUUACUACCUGUGGCCUCCGGUCCAGAUCGCCAAUUUCUACUUCAUUCCACUUCAGCACAGAUUGGCCGUGGUCCAGAUUGUUGCUGUGGCCUGGAACUCCUACCUGACCUGGAAGGCCAACAAGAUGUGAAGGACGGUCUCAGAGCAGCCUGUUGCUGCUGAUGACGAGUUAACACUCAUCUGUAGUGUGUGUGUGUGUGUGUGUGUGUGUGUGUGUCAGUCUGUGUGUGUGUGUGCGUGUGUGUGAGUAUCUUCCUUUAGGUUCCUCCUCUUGUGAUAUUUGUGACGUGUAAAACUGAGUCAUUUCUAAAGGUCGAGUGAAAGUGCUCGUCUCCUCUGAAUGACCAAUUCUCACUUGAACGUCAAACUUGAAUAUGCAGAAACGUCUGUGAAAGUUUAUUUAUGGAAAUGUGAAUUGAUACCAACACACACACACACACAUGCACACACACACACACACAGGCACUCAUACAUUUACACCUAGUGUGUUAAAGGAAUUCAAUAAAUUGUUGCAGGUUAAUUCUGACAUUGUUUUGUUUCUCUUCAAUCAGAUUUUCAGUAUUUUCAUGAGUUUCUCAUAUUAUAUUUGAGUUAAUAUAUUUUCUUGACCUAUUUUCUCUGUAUGUGAUUCCUCUGUGUACUUUCCCUCUAGUUACUCUUUUCCAACGUUUCCCAAAAUGUCUUCUUAACAAUCCUCAGGAAAGGAAACACAAAGGUUUAAAUAUAUAUGUAUAAUGUAUAUGUUGUUAAACUGUCAAUGUAGAUGAUCUGAGUGAUAAUUAAGCAACUGUCUUUGUCAAUGUUUCCUCAAGUAAAUAAACAUAUGUCUAAUGCUGA